AUUGCUUUACUUACACCAAUCAGAACAUCAGAAACACUGCUUAUAUUGCGCUAUCAAGACGAUUGAUUUAUUGUCUAGACUAAAAAAACAAAUAUUAUGCCUUGCUCAAUGUUUUACUGCCAUACCCUUAUAAAUGUAACAAACUUCUUGUUGAGGUCGUCCCAAGUUGAAAAAAGAUCGUUGUCGGCUUGUCCUUGAGGUGAUAAACUUUUAAAUUGGGCCCUUCAAUUUGCCAGUCGUGACAAGUGAGAGUGAGUCACCUGAACUCGUAAUUGCCGUCUUUACGCAUGAUGAGUUUUCAAUUCAAUGACGCUCGGCGACCACAUAGUGUUAAGUUGUGCCACAGUUUUAAAAGUUACUGCAACAAACUGCAAACAAGCGGCAACUGCCAGCUUAUGCAGUCAUUUAUAUCGCGCUUCAAGAUAAUAAACGCAAGCUUAAGCUAAAAUGCCUGUAGUGUCCACUGAAGACACUUGCUGAAGCGGAGAAAUCAAUUGAUCAAUCAAUCAAAACUGCCCUGCUGAAUCAUUUUCAAUGAAUAAUUUAUUACCUUUUUCAAAGUUUCUUUCCCACGCAUAAAUAGAAAAGCACAGAAAAAGUCACGAGAUGUCAUUCAAUAUCCACCUGACGUCGAAGGGCCUUCGUCAGAAUGUCAAUGAGCUAGCUUCGUUCACAGAUCAUUCACAAAACGGCUUUGAAACAAUUUAAGCUGCGACUUUUAACAACAAGACUGGUGCUUUGUCUCGUUUAUUAACGAAAUGGCAGGAUUUUUGUAAACAGUGCGUGUGUAAACAGGGGAGCCAAGUUAACAAAGCCACCGAGAGGCAUCUCGCCUGCUGAGUUUCAUUCAUUGCACCGUCCCCAAGUGCAGGUGGAUGCGAAGAGUGGCUACAGAUGUAACCUUAUAGAACUGGUUGACUUCGAUUUCAAAGUCCAUUAGCCGUAGCUUGGGUAGUCGUUUGCACAUUACAAAUAUUUGUACUGUCACUUUGCAAUAUUUGGAGUUGUAAUCAUAACAUUACUGCGAAGAUCUGAUCACAAUGGAGCUAGGGAACGUAACUUCAACGAUUCCUUCCACAACAAGUCUUGCCGAAAACUCCUUAACAGGCAUAUUUUAUGUCGACGAGCUUCCCGACUGGCUCCACGCGUUUGGGUUUGGGCUUUAUGUGAUGCUUCUUGCUCUCGCUUUCGUUGUCGACACAGCCAUAUUGUUUGUAUUCUAUCGAGUAAAGGAACUGCGAAAUGUGACCAACAAUCUGCUUUGCAACAUGGUGGCAGCGGACUUACUUUUCGCGUUGCAAACUCCUGCAGAAGCAUUGUCCAUCAAAUACGAUAACUGGAUCACCGGUGAUGCCCUUUGCAAGAUUCACAGGUUUCUCCUGCACACAUUUUAUAACGUGGUUAUCAUAAGCCUGACAAUUGUAAGCAUCGAGAGGUACUAUGCAAUAUGUCACCCAAUGCGAUUCAGAAGUCUCAAUAUCAAAUCAUGGAUUGUAGCCCUGGCGUCUUGGAUUGCAGCGUGUAUUUUGGCCCUGCCACAAGUCUUCUUCAGCUCAACUACCAUGUCGAAGGAUAGACUAGUUUGUAGCCAGGAGCGCCCAGAUGACUACUUGCUAGUUUUCCUUUGUUAUCAUGUGCCAGUGUUUAUUUUGCUUUAUUUUAUACCUCUUGUAAUUCUCUCCUUUACGUUCGCAAGAGUUUCGAGAAAACUACGCACCGUUGUACAGCGAUUUCGAUCGCGGUCACGAUUUGAUAUUUGUGGCGCCAUGAAAAUGCGAAGGAGCAUCAUAAGAAUGCUUUUAGUUGUAGUUAUAGUGUUUGUGGUGUGUCUAACGCCCCUGACAGUCAUUGAGUUGUUGCAUGUGACACCUGUAAUGGACCAGUUCGACCCAUUCGGGACUCUCGUUGUUACUGUGGAGAUACUAGCCUUUUCGCAUGCGCUGUUUAAUCCCUUAGUGUGUUCGUUUAUGAGCAAAGAAUUCAGGAAGGCUGCAAAGAAGGCUUUUCGCAUUUCCCGGAGUCUAAAGGGCGAUUACUGCAUGCGCAUCCGCAAGAGAGAGGACACUGAAUGCAAGCUGAAACAAGUGAAGCAAAGCGAAGCCAUUGGUGCGGACAACGAAAAGAGAGCGUGGACGGACCAUCAAAAUCCCAGCGAGCCUGGAGAUGUUUGGAAGGAAAAAGGCACUCGUAACGAUGGAUUUUCGUUUGUUUUAGAUACUCUAGCGCGAACAGAAAGCUCUUUGACUGAAACGACUGAUAUACCUAGGGAGGAAGACUAUAGCAAAAGUUAGAGUAAAUCAAGCCACGCAUAUUUAAACGAGCUAAAUCAUGGUUUGCUCGUCUUGAAAAGUUUAGCCUAAAAUGUUCAGGUUCAUCGUUUGUAAUCCGAGUUAAUCUUCUCAUUUCUUGUUCCUUUAUGGUUUGUUAUCAUCUCUUUGGUAUUUUUCUAUCUUAGUUAACUGCUAUUUUCAAGUAGCAAUCAAUUUAAAGAUAGCUUUGUACGUGGCUAAACUAGAUCAGCUAUUAAAGUAAGUGUCUAACUUCAUUUCAAAGAGUGAAUCAGAGCCACAUCUUUCAAUAAGCCUUGGUAUGUCCAAGCAAAUUGUAUUUUCAUGCGUUUAUUUCCGCCUUCUACUUUACACAGAAUCAGUAGAAAAGUAGAAAAAGAGCCUAAAAUAAAAUAAGAUAACAUGAAAAAAAUAAAAAUAAA